AUGUUGACCUACGACGAGGUCAGUGCCCACAACACCAAAACCGACUGCUGGGUCAUUAUCCACGACAAGGUCUAUGACGUGACGUCGUUUUUGGGAGAACAUCCUGGCGGAUCUGCGAUCAUAUUGAAGUAUGCGGGAAAAGAUGCCACCAAAGCGUUCGAUCCAAUUCAUCCCGGCGACACUUUGACGAAGUAUUUGGCCAAGGAGUGUCAUCUUGGACCUGUGGACCCGGCCCUGAAGCCAAAAAAGGUGAAGAAGCCGAAGAAGGCGAAGGAGGAACAGAAGCAGGCAGGACAGGAGAAAACCGCGAAAACAGAAGACGUAGUUUCAGAAUUUGACGUCGAGUAUGAUGAACAAGAGGGCAAAGAAGCGUUUGGCGAGAGGGCAGCAAAUACUCAAUCUAAGAACGAAGAAAGUGACAACUAUGAGUACGACUACGACGACGACGACGAACUCACCGAAGAGGACAAAGCGCGCCAGCAAAACAAAAAAAACAUGCCCAACAUCUCCCACAUCUACAACCUCCACGACUUCGAGUACGUGGCCAAACACACGAUGGAGAAAACCGCCUGGGCGUACUACUCGUCGGGCGCCGACGACGAGAUCGCGUUGCGCAACAACCACUUGGCCUACCAGCGCGUCUUCUUCAACCCCAAGGUGCUCAUCGACGUGCGCAACAUCGACUUGUCCGUCUCGAUGCUAGGCGCCAAGACGUCAGUUCCAUUUUACAUCACUGCCACUGCUUUAGGCAAACUAGGCCAUCCAGACGGCGAGAAAGUGCUCACGCGCGCGGCCGCGCACCAAGACGUGGUGCAGAUGAUCCCGACGCUUGCGUCGUGCUCGUUUGACGAGAUUAUGGACGAGGCCGACGGCAAGCAGACGCAGUGGUUCCAGCUCUACGUCAACUCGGACCGCCAGAUCACCAAGCAGAUCGUGCAGCACGCCGAGAAGCGCGGCGUCAAGGGUUUUUUCAUCACGGUCGACGCGCCGCAGCUCGGGCGCCGUGAAAAGGACAUGAGAUCGAAACAUAUCGAGGAUCUUUCGCAUGUUCAGGGUGACGGCGAAGGUGUGGACCGUGACCAGGGCGUAGCACGGGCAAUCUCGUCGUUCAUCGAUGCGGGCCUCCAGUGGAGCGACCUCGAGUGGUUCCGCUCCAUCACAGACCAGCCAAUCGUGCUCAAAGGUGUUCAGAGCGUCGCCGAUGCACUCAAGGCGAUUGACUAUGGCGUAGAUGGCAUCGUGCUCUCCAACCACGGCGGACGCCAGUUGGACCUGGUCAAGGCGCCCAUCGAGCUCUUGGCCGAGCUCAACCCGGUGUUGCGGCAGCGCGGGUUGCUUGGAAAACUCGAAGUUUUCAUUGAUGGCGGUGUGAGAAGAGGUAGUGAUAUCAUUAAGGCGAUAGCGCUCGGCGCCAGCGGCGUCGGGAUUGGACGGCCGUUCUUGUAUGCGAUGUCGACGUACGGCGAGGACGGUGUGUCGAAGGCGAUCCAGAUUUUGAAGGACGAAAUGGUGAUGAACAUGCGUCUUUUGGGUGCGCCUUCGAUGGCGCAUUUGAACGAGUCGUUUGUGGACACGUCUGCGUUGGGCCGGCCCAAUGUGGACGACCGGCUCUUUACGUCCGUUUACGAGCCGUUGGCGUCGCCGCCGUUUAAGAGUAAGUUGUAG